AUGAACAUUCAGGAAACUGACAUUGAGUUCACUCCUCUUGAAUCGGCAGCUCUGAUAGUAGCCGACUUACGAAAGCUUGGCUUCCAAAUCAACUUGGCACAUUUUGUCCAACAUCGGCGUAUUGGCGAACUGCUGAAUGUGUUGUGCACCAAUGGCGAAUCGACAGGCCAGAUGACAAUCGGCCAUAAAGGCAGAUUGUUUAUUCGUGAAUACCGGCCUGGCCAAACAUUUCCUGCUAAUUCGGACGUAGAGGCUCUGUGCCGAGACACCAUUACCAAAGUGGUUGUCGAAUCGUUCAUGAAGGCAGGAACCAUAAAGAAACUGCUCAAUUUAAGUGAAACCACAUUGAAGCAGAUUGUGGUAGGCCGUCUGCACCAACUGGAAACUCUUCCGGGCAUGGUGUAUUUGGCGGGCUUUACUCAGAUGGAACCAGGCAGUGCUCUGGAAGACCUAUUACCUGAUGUCUCAGGUGUAACGUUUCUAAUGGAGUUGGGAGUGCCCGCAGUUGCUGGCGUCGACGACCCAAAAUACGACCUCAUGGAGGAAUUUUUCGAGGUCUGUGGACUUCAGGCGGGCCCAAUUCGAGGCGACGAGAGGUGCUUGCGCGUAAUGCUGGCAAGCGCACUCCAUUGCACCACGGCUGGCCACGAUCGAAUCCGCCUGAUUCUACAAAUGGAAAAGAAGAGUAUUGAAGAUGCCAUGAGGUUGGGAUACACUGCUAUUCGAUCUAUCAACACGUCGGUAGUAACCCAGGCCAUUGCUGAAGAGUUAGGCUACGUGAACAACUGUGACGUUGAUGCAGUCAAGUUUUUCGAAUCACGGGGCUUUAUUUGUAACCAAGACAGUCUUGUGUGCAAGGUCGCGACAAAGAAACUGAGGCGUGAGGACGUGUAA